AUGAGAGUUCUCUCCCUUUUGUCCGCCCUCUGCCUCGUUUCCACCUGCCGAGGUCACAGGAAUUUAUUUGCCAGAAAUAACUACCUGCAGUACCUGCGGUCACAGAACUUCAUGCAGGAAAAACCAAAGUUCCAAAAGCUAAACCAAAAUUACUCGGAAGACCUGAACGAGUUUGACAACUAUGAAGAUGACGAAUUGGAUGCGGAAAAUGUUGAAGCGACCAGCAAAGAGAGGGUGACCCAGAAGAGUGGCACCAGCAGUAGCAGCAGUGAGAACAAAUUAGAAUUUAAAAAUAUCGAAAAGGAGCUGAACAACAUGGGCGAAAUUUUACACGAAGAAAAGGAUAACCUUCUCCUAAUGGGGGGCGGUCGCGAAUGCUCCGUGAGCGACAAAGGCACUUUAGAUGUGUCACUCAACUCAGGUGACAUUUUUAACUUAACCAAGUACACAGUCGAAAUGUCCUCAUCGGGAAUACUCAUUAGGGAUACACAAAAUUCCAACGUCGUCAAAGAAAUCGCAUUUGACACUGUAAAGCUUCCAAUAGAGACCAUAGAAGAAACGAGGGAAUGCUGGAAAAUACGCUCCCAUAAGGAAACGUUCCUCUUUUGUGAACGAAGCAAAGAAGCCAGAGAUAGGUGGAUUACUAACAUGUUAAAAGCUUUGUUCUGUUAUAAUACAAAUAAUUUAACUAUUGACGAGGGUGUGCAGACGGGACUUAGCUCGAAGGUGGACAUUCCAAAGGAAUCAACCGUCGACGCUAGAAUAGCAGCUUCUUUGAAGGAUGAGCCAAAUGGCAGUGGAGACAAUUCUUCCCAUGGUCGCGCAAAACGGAAAGGAAAUAAUAACAUUACCAUUUCGAAUUUAAAAAAUGACAAACCAGAAAUUGUGGUUAACUAGUGCGCGCGACGCUGAGGUGACGAGGCGAGGGGGUGAGCAUAUGGUGACCCUUCCCUUGUCAUUUGGUUGGCAAAUCUCCGCCAAUUCGCUUUUCACCCUUUGUUUUAGACGGUAAAACAUUAGUAAUACUACUAAUGGGAUUACCAUUUCCGAUCGACUGAGCUCUUUUUUUUUUUUUUUUUUUUUUUGUUCACCAUUUUUUUGCCCUAUUUUGUUGCCACGUUUAAUUAACCACCGCGUUAACGCAAAUUGC